AUGCAUCCCCUCUCACCCUCCACUGGUAACUUGUCCCCGCGGGCUGGCGAGGCACGCGACCAGUCUCGACCACGAAUAAACGCCCCUGCUCCUGCAGCCAGUCAACCCUCCGCCAUCCCUACUGUCCCUACCACCCCGGCCGAUGGCAAGAAGAAAAGAAAACACCGCGGAGGAAAGAAGAGAAGGAACCGCCGACAGUCCUUUGCCGCACCCUCUGAAGCCUCUGCCGUGCCGAGUCUGGAUGGAGCGGCGCCCGAAGACCCUCUGAUCGAGGAAUCGCAAGAGUCGGGGUCCCUACGGCCGCCCUUCUACAAAUCCAACACCGGCAAUCUGAGCGGAGGCAGUCUCAACAGCGAUGCUCUGCUCGAUCAUCGGGACCAGCCGGUCAUGCGGCCUCGACGUGACAGCAGGCCGACCGCCAGCUUUCUCGCCACGUCGUACCGAAAUGGCCCCCUCUCGACCUUGGAUACGGGUGCCCGACGGAGGCAUCGCAGUCAACAAGAUGUGUCGAGCCCGCAUGGUUCGGAGUAUGACAGUGUCAACGAUCGGACACCGUUGAUCUCAGGCAGCCGUCAACGCAAAAGCCCGGUUGAGACUGGCUAUGGACUUUUUAGAGCCAAGUCCAACACCUCCACUGUGUCAACCGGGUCCAAGCAGCAGAAGAAGCGAGCGAUUGGAACUGCCCAGUCAUUGCCGAAGUCUGAGCCAGAGUACGACAUCAACAAUCCUCCCUCCGUGCCCCCAAGCCCCACAUUUGGCGCGCAAUUUGACGAUGUGAUGGUCGACGAGGGUAACUUUCUGGAUCGACCUCCAGAGAGCCGGAGAACCCAUCCAGCGACCAACAAGGAUGUCUUGGUGGAUAUCGACGGCGAUGGGGAUGCACAGCCUAAUUCGGCCCCCCCAAGCCCUCGACUGCGACCAGAAGGCAUCCAGCGACACCGGGCCAUGACCUCCGCCGAAGAGGAUGUAUGCUUCCCCACCGAUGCGGUUUCGGAAGUUGGCGACGAGUAUUACAAUCAGUCUCAGCCGCAAGGCCCCUUUGCCACCGGUGGACGACGGAGGCGACGAGAUCGGGAGUGGCCUCAGCUUUGGGUGCUGGAUGAAUGGAGUCGCGUCGAGAAAGAGGAAAGGGCGGCCGGAGAGCGACGGGCCAAGAAAAUCAGUGAGCCGGUGUUCGUGGAAGGGAGGCUCAGGCCAUCCAAUACCGCGUGGCAUCGGAUGCAGGAAGAUGUUCAGUAUCGAUACACGUACUUCAACGAGGAGUUCGAGAGUACGAUUCACGCCCAGACGAUAUCAGAGCUGGUCCAGCCCGGAGGCACUUUCCGCGAAUUGUUCAUUCCGGACCCCCCUGAGCUGAGUGACUCCAGCAGCAGCGAAGACGAGGACUUGUUGGACCCCGAUCAGACGGCCGAGAACCUAAGCGGUGCCCCGAGUCCCAAGUCCCAAUCCGGACUGACGGCGCAUGCUGGAAAUUCCACCCUUACAGAGGGUAUCAAAUCGCGGUUGGAAGCGAAUGGCAAGAUUUCGGAGCAGUCCUCAGGGUCAGCUACGCCGCGAAGACAGGCGCUUCCCAAGCGGGCGGCGAAACCCAAGAAAUAUGGUCCUCGUCCGACCUUCUGGCUUGAUGUGCUCUGUCCCACGGACCAGGAAAUGCGCGUCCUCAGCAAGACGUUUGGUAUCCAUGCCCUCACCUCCGAGGACAUCAUGAUGCAGGAAGCCCGAGAGAAGGUCGAGCUGUUUCGGAACUACUAUUUCAUCAACUAUCGGACGUUUGAGCAAGACACCAACAGCGAGGACUACUUGGAAGCCAUCAACAUGUAUGUGUGUGUGUUUCGGUACGGCAUCGUGACGUUUCAUUUCUCUCCGAUCCCCCAUCCUGCCAACGUACGACGGCGGAUUCGACAGCUUUCCGACUACCUUAUUCUCAGCGCGGACUGGAUCUCAUACGCCAUCAUUGACGACAUCACCGAUGUCUACCAACCGUUGAUUACCAGCAUCGAGCAAGAAGUCGAUCAGAUCGAGGAUCUCAUUCUCCGAUCCUUCCACAGCCGGAGCGAAUUGGUUGGCCAUGGGGGGGAGAAAGGCUCGGAUCACGGGUCGGAGGCGGAGGAGCCGGAAAUCGGCGGGAUUGACAUGCUGCUGCGGAUUGGCGAAUGUCGCAAGAAGGUCAUGUCCCUCUAUCGCUUGCUCGGAACCAAAGCAGAUGUGAUCAAGGGCUUUGCCAAGCGCUGUAAUGAACAAUGGGAAGUCGCCCCCAGGUCGGAGAUUGGUCUAUACUUGGGUGACAUCCAGGACCAUAUCUUGACCAUGACCGGGAACCUCUCUCACUAUGAGACUCUCCUUGCUCGGGCACACGGCAACUAUCUGGCCCAAGUGAGCAUUCAUAUGAACGAACGGCAGGAAGAGACUGCGGAUGUGCUUGGCAAGUUGUCCGUCCUUGGGACGGUAUGCCUCCCUCUUACGUUAAUCACGGGGCUGUUCGGUGCAAACUUCAAGGUUCCUGGACAAGACAUUGACAACCUUAACUGGUUUUGGGCGACCACGGCCGGGCUGCUCUUGUUUGGAGUGACUUGCUUCUACUGGUGCAAGAAGGUGUACAAGAUCAUCUAA